UUUAAUAUUUAAUAUUUUCGUCAUGGCAAUGUGUGCAAAUAACACUAGCUUUGACAAAGAAUAAAAAUGCAUGCCUGCACAAUUCUCUGCCGACUUCCCAAGCUGAAUGUCCUUGUUUACGUGAGAACGUUCCGGGUGUUAAAUUCCAUUCAAUUUUUGGUAUAAAAGUGGAGAAAUUGUCUAACAUCUCUCAGUAUAAAGUUAAGAAAUUCAGAUCGAUUGAAGAAGAAUAAAUUUUUGAAACACUUAAUUUAUCAAGUUCUUUACAGAGCAAAAUGGAGACAUUAAAGAAUGCCAGCCGCGCCCCUAAUCCCUCAAAAGAUGCAAACCUAUUAUCAAAGUUCUUAUUAUGGUACAUGAAUAAAACCUUUUCAUUGGGUAGUUCUCGUCCACUUGAAAAAGGUGAUGUCCAUGAUAUAACAGAUGAAGAUUCAUCAGAACUUUUGUCUGAAGAAUUAGAAAGAAUGUGGCAAAAGGAAAAGAAAUGCAAAGAGAAUCCGAGCCUUUUGAAAUGUCUUUGGAAGAUGAGAGGUUGGACUCUGUUGUUGUGUGGUUUCUUAGUUUUUGCAAUUGAGUCAUUAAGGAUAUGCCAAACUGUUUUCCUGAAACAGCUCAUCCAAAGUCUCUCAGAGCCGGAUUUUGGCAAAGACAAUUCUGCAUACAUUUGGGCAACAUGUCUUACAUCGUGUUUCGUGAUUGCGUGGGGAUUGCUGCACCAUACCUUUCUACUUAUUGAGAAAACUGGAGCUCGACUGAAAAGUGCAUGCGUUGCAAUGAUCUAUAAAAAGGUCCUCCGCCUUAGUAACCAAUCGUUGGCAAAAAUAACUUCUGGUCAUAUAGUGACAUUAAUCUCAUCUGAUGUCCAUAAAGUGCAAGAAGGUUUCAGAUUUGCUAAUUACUUAUGGAUUUCACCAUUACAGAUAAUAGCAGCCGUGGUAAUACUAUGGAAAGAGAUAGGUCCAUCUUGCCUCGCUGGCAUUGGUGUAUUUGUAAUCACGAUACCGAUACAAACAUGGUUUGGAAAGUUCUUUGCAUACAUGAGAUCAAAAACUGUUGCAAAGACUGACCAGCGUGUCAACAUUAUGAAUGAAGUCAUCACAUCAAUGCAAGUCAUCAAGAUGUAUGCAUGGGAAGAUUCGUUUGCUGAAAUGGUCAAUAAGGUCCGACGGGACGAGAGCAACCGCAUUAUGAAAACUGCUAUCGCUCGUUCCAUCAAUGCAAGCAUGUUCUCAGUCAGUCCGUAUUUAGUUUCACUGGCAACGCUUGCACUUUUUCAUAUUUCUGGAAGGGAAAUUUCAUUGGCAGUGGUGUUUCUUGUGCUGACGAUGUUCUUUACAAUACGUUGGGGCGUUGUGUUGUAUUUUCCACUUGCCAUACAGAUGAUGACUGAAUCUUAUGUAAGCUGCAGGCGAAUCCAGGCUUUCCUAUCCGAGAAGGAACAUAGCGAAGCACCAGCAACAAAAGCACCUUACCCAGACACACCCUGUCUAUCAAAAACACCUGUGGAAAUGGAACCUUCGGUACAUUUUAAGAAUGUAACUGCAGCUUGGAAUGAUGAUUCAGAAGAUGUAAUUUGUAAUUUAUCUUUUAAAGCAGAUUCACAAAACUCGCUAGUGAUGAUUAUUGGACCUGUUGGAUCUGGAAAGUCAUCCAUCUUAAUGGCAGCCAUGAACGAACUUCUUGUCAAAAAAGGAAAGAUCAUAAAAAAUGGAUCCAUUGGAUAUGCUGCACAACAAGCAUGGAUAUUUUCAGGCACGCUUCGAAGCAAUAUCUUGUUUGGACAAGUAUUUGAUAAGAAGCGAUAUGAGAAAACGAUAACAGCAUGCGCGUUGAAACAGGACAUAGAAUCGUUUGAAAAUAAAGAUUUGACAUUAGUCGGCGAGCGGGGUGUGUCACUUAGUGGUGGACAAAGAGCUAGAAUCAGUUUGGCAAGGGCUGUCUAUUCUGAUGCUGACAUCUAUUUAUUGGAUGAUCCAUUAAGUGCAGUUGAUGCUAAAGUUGGAAAACAUAUAUUUGAAAAGUGCAUUGAAGGUUUGCUUCGUGAAAAGGUUGUCAUUCUUGCCACUCAUCAGAUUCAGUAUUUGGAACAUGCUACUAAUAUUGUUCGCUUGAAAGAGGAUGCCAAUGGAGUAAAUCUUCAACAUGAACUGCCGCAAAAACGUGUUUCAAAACCACAACAGAAGAAGUUGGGCGGUGACUUAGCAAAAGGAGCUGAGGAAGAAAUGGUAUACGCGCACAUUGAUGGACAGAAAGAUACUCUCUCGUUACCAACGUUUGGUAUUGGGCAGAUUAAUAAAGGCUUGCAGGCGUCGUUCCGGUCAAUCAAUAGUUUUCGCAUGGACGAUGAAAUCAUAGAGGAGGAAGAAGAAGAAGAAAGCAGAAAGCGAGGGACAGUUUCAGCAAAUUUAUAUAUGAAGUAUAUUAUACAAGGUGUUGGGUAUAUUGCAUCGCUGGUUCUCUUGCUGUCGUUGGCAGCUGGUCAGGUGAUGCUAACUCUGACAGACUUUUUCCUUGCUAAUUGGGCGAGUGGUGAAGAACAAAGCAACGCAAAUGUGACAAUCACUGCCAGAUAUUAUGUGAAAAGCAAUCCUGAAAUCAAUAUUUAUAUAUUUGCUUCGCUUGUUGCUGCCAGCUUUUUGAUGAAUCUGUUCCGAACGAUAUACUUUUAUGCCACAUUUGUCAAGUGUAGCCGGAAAUUGCAUAACUCGAUGUUUAAAGCAGUUUUGAAAGCACCCAUACACUUCUUCAAUACUAACCCAGUGGGCCAAAUUUUAAACCGUUUUUCCCGCGAUGUGUACUUCAUGGAUGAUGAACUACCUUGGACAUUUUUUGAUUUUUCUUUUUUCUCCUUGCUGACAUUGGCCGUCAUCAUAUUAAAUUGUAUCAGCGUCCCCUACUUGACGAUCCUUCUGCUUCCUCUUCUGAUCAUAUUCUUUUUUUCGAGAAGAUACUACCUCAAGAGUUCUCGUGAGUUACGAAGACUGGAAGCUGUGUCACGGAGUCCACUGUAUACACAUGUUUCAGCAACAUUAGCUGGUAUAACAACUAUCCGUUCCUUUAAUAUUCAAGAUAAGAUCCUCCGCGAAUUUUACGCAUGUCAAGAUUAUCAGACAGGAGCUUGGAUUAUGUUUUUGUUAGCAGCAAGAUGGUUUUCGCAACGUUUGGAUUUGUUGACCGUCUUGUUUUCGAUCUGCUCGACAUUUGCACCUAUCGUUGCAGCUACGUACAUAGUUUAUUACGUGAACAAAAUGUUACCAGUCUUUUUUUCUCUUGUAGAUAUCGAUACAAAUUUAGUUGCCGUGAGCUUGUCGUAUAUUUUGGUAUUAUGUGGUAUGUUUCAAUGGACUGUACGACAGAGUGUCGAAGUUGACAAUAUGAUGACAUCCGUAGAAAGAGUAUUUGAAUAUACAAAGUUAGAACCUGAACCUGAUAAUGGCAAUAGUAAAAAACUGAGGAAAACAUGGCCAGAGCAAGGUUCGAUAUCUGGUACAGGAGCUUCGUUUACAUAUCAUUCUUCACUACCACACGCUUUGAGAAAAUUACAUUUUGAUAUCCGACCCAUGGAAAAGAUUGGUAUCGUCGGACGUACAGGUGCUGGUAAAAGCUCUCUAUUCUCGAUGUUGUUUCGAAUGGGUAAUGUUUCUGGAACUGUUAAAAUUGAUGGAUAUCCAAUCGCAGAUUUGAAACUAAAAGAUUUACGAAGGAACAUAUCAAUCAUUCCACAGGAUCCUGUCAUGUUUAGUGGAAGUUUGCGAAAAAAUCUUGAUCCGUUUAAUGAGUAUACGGAUGCAGAUGUAUGGGAAGCUAUAGAAGAGGUACAACUGAAAGAAAACGUGGCAGAGUUACCAGGCAAAUUGGAAUCAGAGAUAACUGAAGCAGGUUCCAACUUGAGUGUUGGAGAACGUCAACUGCUUUGCUUAGCACGUGCAUUGUUGAAGAAGAACAAAAUCAUAGUGAUCGAUGAAGCCACGGCUAAUGUCGACGUGGAAACCGAUUCUUUGAUCCAACAAACCAUACGAGAAAAGUUUAAAGAAUGUACCGUACUUACUGUGGCCCAUCGAUUAAACACUGUGAUUGACUCUGAUCGUGUCAUGGUGCUGGAGGAUGGAAACAUAAUGGAGUUCGACGAACCUUAUGAUCUUCUACAGAACAAGUCUGGAUACUUUCGCAAAUUGGUCGAUCAAGUUGGUCUUGCAAAGGCAAACAAGUUGGAAAUACUAGCAGAAGAAUCGAAAAACUUGCGCAAUCUAAGAAAAUCUAAUGUAACUAACAUUGUAAUUCCAACGGUUACGGUGGAAACAUUUUAACGAAAUUUUCUAGAAAGAAGGAUUUUCCGUUUCCGACUGUGGAAAUGAGAAAUUAUGGCGCUUUAGAAAGAGCGUAGAGAAAUACGUUUAAAGUUAAAAUGAGUUUGGUUGCAUUAUUUGUAACAUAUUAAGGUAUGGCAACUAACUGCAUAUCACUAGAAAAUAAUGGUAGUUCCGAAUGCGUUGUAGCGAAGAAUUUGUUACAUUUCAUCACAUGGUGAGAUAUGUGGAGGAGAGCGUUUGUCAAGGUGCAUUUUGGUGGGAAACCUUGUUCAUUUCGCAGUAUUGUGUAUUACGUAGAGGAAAGCAUUACCACGCUUGUAAAGUUUGGAAAAAACUGAAAAUGUCCACUUUAUCAAGAUAAAAAGAAAAUUUUAGUUUUAAAAUAGGAUGAAUUUAAUAUGUUAGAGUUUAUUGUAUAAAAAAUUAUAUUUGUAAGUAUAUGUUUAAUUUUAUAUUUUCUUCUUUCUUUCUCUACAUGAAAACGUAACCAGCGUUAUUAAAAUUUCUAUAAUGUCAUACGCUAGCUGUAAGCCAGUGGAAAAAAUCCAUAGAAUGCACCUGU